AUGCGGCUGAACUUGUUCGUCCUGCUCUGCCCCCCGGGGAAACUGAGGCACGGGUGGCGCUCCGACCCUCGCCUGCUCUCCCAGUUCUUCUUUGCCGAUGAGAGGGUGACAGCGGUGGUGGCCGAGAUCAACGGGCUGGAUGCCGAACUGGACCCGCAGCAGUACCUGGUGCUCCUCAACCAGCUCCACCUCAGUCAGGCUCACCUGCUGGCCAUCCUGGAGCGGAUCAUGGAGGAGUGCAUCCCCACGCAGCGGUACAGCCGGGACUACCUAGUCAAGUUCCCCGAGGAGCUCUUGGUGGACAACUUGGGGAACCACAUGCUGUUUGCUGCUGAGUGUCUCCUGGCUGGGACCUUCCCGGAGGUGGAGGAGGCGGACAGGGCACAGCUGCGGCCCCAGGCCAGGAACCUGCUGUGCAGCCUGGAGCUGGUGCGGACAGUGCUGCGGGAGCAGAGCCUGAGCCAGCCCAAUUCCUACCCGGAGCCCGUCCGGGCUGUGCUUAUCCAGUUCGACCAGCUCUUUGCAGAGUUUGAGCUGAGCUAUGUGUCCUCGCUGGUGGCAGUGAAGUCUCCCGAGGAGAUCUACAGGCAGCAGGAGAUCAUUGUGCUGUUCUGUGAGACGGUGGAGAGAGCCCUGCGCCUGGGCUACCUGACCCAGGAGAUGAUCGAUGGCUACGAACCGCUGCUGAUGUUCACCAUCCCUCGCUUGGCCAUUGUCAGCGGCCUCCUCAUCUACCCCGAGGGUCCCCUCAGCCUGGAGCGGAGCCCUGAGGAGAUGUCCCGGGUCUUCAGCCCCUUCUACAACCUCCUGAAGAAGAUCAGGGAGCUGCUGCGGGUGCUGUCAGUGGAGGAGCUCUGCCUGCUGGAGAGGAGCCUGUGCACAGCUGAACCAGAGGAUCCCUGUGGUCCGGACAUCACCCCAGUGUGGGGAGCAGCUGUGCCCAGAGAGGACCCCCCUGCUCCCUUUGGUCUCCUGGACAUCCCCUGUGCCACACCACCAGCCCUCACCUGCACGACGCUACUGGGACCCUCUGGUGCCGUCGACAACCCAGGCACCGACUGGCAGUGGGGCCCCCAGAUCCCCAGGAGCAGCCCAGGGAUAGGUGCCACCCUGGGUGCCCGCUGCUCAGAGCUGCGCUGCCGGUACAGCAGCACCAAGGACAUGCUGCACACCCUCUUUGUCUGCAUCUCUGGAGUUGCCGAUCAGCUCCAGACCAACUUUGCCAGUGACAUGCGCAGCAUCUUGAAAACGGUCUUCAAGAUUGUGGCCUCGCAGGCGGAGCCCUUGGAGGAGCCCAGUGCCAGCCGAAAGAAGGAUGAUGACUCCUGUGUGGCAGAUGCUCCUCGUGUGGCCGACUGCCCACUGUGCUCCAGCCCCACAGAGGCUGCCGGGCUCUGGAGGGCAGAGGAUGCCGAGGUAGAGGUGGAUGGUGUGGUGUUCGGUGGGGACCUGCUGCACGCCUUCGGCACCGGGAGGGACCACAGCUACUCCAGCCUCCACAGCCCGGAAUCCUGA